CGGAUGCACAGACCAUCUGUGGAGGGGAACGUUGUAGGGGUUCAGCUCGCAGGCUUGGGGGUAAUUCAGCACCACGGGGGGAGGGACAGCUCCCGGUGAAUUCGAGUUUCGCCGAUGCUAUAAGGACGUGCAUCGCUGGUCAUAGCAUAGAGGACGGUGAUACGCCCGCAGAGGUUCUGCGUUUAAAGGGACUGGGUCAAACAGACUGCAUGCUGGAUUUUUCGGAUUUAAGGAGGUCACUUGCAUGUCCGAACUCGCCCGGCGUAGUAAACGCACACUGGGACUGACGAACGAUGGCGGAGUGUGGAAGGAAGGGACUGUCGCUCCUCGAGGAAGCGCGUUCUCGCUACGAGAGCCUGCAGAUUUCCGACGAUGUGUUUGGGGAGUCUGGAGACGACAGCAGUGAAAACCCAUUUUACAGUACAACGGGCGACUCCAAUUCGGACAACUACACGGAGACAAAUGCAGACGAUGCCCGAGCGCGUGAAACUAGGAGUAGUCAGAGCUACGGUCCCCCUGGGUCUGUCUCCAACGGCCAAGCGCAGGAGGAAGGAUGGACCGACGCACUACAGGACAUCAGCAUUCCCCACUAUCAGGACACACAUGGUCCGACACAGAAAAUGCCGGCUACAGCCACUGCAAUAGAUUUCUUCCAGCUGUUUGUUCCCGAUAACGUCAUCCACAACAUGGUGACCCAGACCAACAUGUAUGCCAAGAAGUACCAGGAGCGUUUCGGAAGCGAAGAAGGAUGGACCAACGUGACACUGGCCGAGAUGAAAGCCUUCCUGGGCUACGUGACUUCCACUGGCGUGAACCGCUGUGAGUCAGUGCUGAGCAUCUGGAGCAGUGGAUUCUUCAGCAACCGCAGCAUCGCGCUCAAAAUGAGCCAGACGCGCUUCGAGAAGAUCCUCAAGUACUUCCACGUCGUAGCCUUCCGCUCCAGUCAAGGUGGCAGUCAUGGCCUCUAUAAGAUCCAACCCUUCCUGGACUCACUGCAACAGAGCUUCAGCUCCAGCUUCCGGCCAUCACAGACACAGGUCCUCCAUGAGCCCUUGAUUGAUGAAGAUCCAGUGUUUAUCACCACAUGUACAGAGAGGGAGCUGCGCAAGAGGAAGAAGAGAAAGUUCAGCCUGUGGGUGCGACAGUGCAGCUCCACUGGUUUCAUCUGUCAGAUCUAUGUCCAUCUGAAGGAGGGUCCGGGUCCAGAUGGGUUGGACACACUGAAGAAUAAACCUCAGCUUCACAGUCUGGUGGCCAAACAGCUCUGUCAGAACCUGUCUGGCUGUAAUGCAAUCAUCUUUACUGGACCAAGCAUCACAAGUCUAAACUUGUUUCAGGAAUUUGAAAAACAAGGGAUCUACUGCUGCGGCUUGCUGAGCACCAGGAAGAGUGAUUGCACAGGUCUUCCUCAGUCUAUGCUGAUGAACACAGAGAGCCCACAGCAGCGUGGUCAGUCUCGCAUUAAGAUGAGAGGAAACAUGUCCAUAAUCAACUGGUACAACAAAGGCAACUUCAGGUUCCUCACUAAUGCCUACUCUCCUACCAAAGAAGGGGUGAUCAUUAAGAGGAAGAGUGGAGAAAUCCCUUGUCCUCUCGCUGUCGAGGCUUUCGCUGCACAUCUGAGUUACAUCUGCAAAUAUGAUGACAAGUACAGCAAGUACUUCAUUUUCCACAAGCCCAAUAAGACCUGGCAGCAGGUGUUUUGGCUGACCAUCAGCAUUGCCAUCAACAACGCUUACAUCCUUUACAAGAUGUCAGACGCCUACCACGUCAAACGCUACAGCCGGGCACAGUUCGGUGAAAGGCUGGUCAAAGAGCUCCUGGAUAUGGACGACUGCUCACCCGCACAGUGAAGAAGUCACAGGCUGUCUCAUAAGAACAUAAAAACCCACACUCACAUUCAUACUAACACGGACAUUAUUUAACACACACACACAUACUCGAGUUGUGUACUUCAGGGUUGUGUUCACUGUACACCCCAAUAUGUAAUAAAUACAUGUGCCAAGUUUGGUUAAAAUUGGAUGUUGCAAAUUCACAUUUCAGACACCGUUCGGCUAUAACAAGUCUGUCUGGAUUGUAAAAGAUCAGUGUACUGUACAUAAAUCACUACAGUCUCUGUAACACUUGCUGCAUGAGAAACAUGAAACGUGUAGAUGUGCAAUGAUUUUUCUCAAUAGAGUAAUAGUAGUGUUGAUGUAGUUUUGAACCCUGAGGUACGAUGUUUUGUGAUUUAGCUCUGUUUGUGGACACCAUAUCCAAGGCACUGACACACAUACUGUAUAUAUUUGGUGAUUGAGAGGUUUUAUCAACAAAAUAAGAAUGUACAUUCACGUUAGAAGGGAGAUUUCCCAAAUAUCUGGGCAUUUUUCUAUUUUAUAUCACUUAAUAUUUAUUAGUUAUAUGUAUGUAUUUAUUUAUUAGUACUUUUUUGACCAGGCUAUAAGAUUAGUGGUUUAAACACUGCUGCAGGCGUUAUAUAAUAAAGCCACACAGAUAGCGAUAACUAUACUUUCCCAAUACUUUUUGCACUUAGAAGUAGCUAAGAUGUGGAUUUGCUGGAUUCAUUCAAAACUGGUAUUUGAGUAGUUGACUAAUAUGCAAAUUUGUGUGAUGGCAAAAAUUUAGGAAAAAAAAUGAAGUUAGAUCUCUCGUAUUUAUUAUCAUAUAAAUUUUAUAUGAUAUUAAGAACAUAAAUGCCUCAUUCAUUCAUAAAAGAAUGUAAUAUUAACAGUUUGCUUUCUAACUUUUGCUGUCACACCAUAGGACACAUGUACAAUUAUUUACACAAAAAUACAUAAUUAGAUUUCCAUUGCGUGACAUAACAUGCCAACAUUAAAUGGAUAGCUCACCCAAAAAUUAAGAUUCCGUCGUCAUCACCCUACAAUUGUUCCAAACCUGUAUACAUUUCUUUGAUCGGUUGAACACAAAGGAAGAUAUUUGGAAGAAUGUCAGUAACCCAAAAAAUCUCAUCCCCCCAUUCCUGCCAUAGUAGGGAAAAUAAAUACUAUGGGAGUCAAUGGGGGAUGAGAUCUGUUUGGUUACUGACAUUCUUCCAAAUAUCUUCCUUUGUGUUUUACACGGGUUUGGAAUAAUCUAAGGCUGAGUAAAUGAAGACAGAAUUUUCAUUUAUGGGUGAACUGUCGCUUUAACUUUUUUUGCCUCUCAUUAUUGAUAACUUAUUGAUAAGGGUGGCAAAAAAUAUAUAUAUGAGUCCAAUUUUUCCUUUAACGAAAAGGCCCGAUAUAGAAUACCAAAAAGAAUGUACAUAUGAAUUCUAAUAAUUUAUAUAUUUUAAUAUUUGUGUAAUUUAAAUGUGCGGAUAAAAAGGAGGUAGUGCCGUGUUUGAGAAUGAUUAAAAAAACGAAUGAUAACAAGUGAUAAAACGAUUAACUAGAAUGUCUUUAUACCUUUAACAGGUUGGAUUUUAUGAGGUUGCCAGAUCAGUCAAAAAUGAUCAUUCUGUACAUUGCUUUAUUUUAACUGUAGUAAUGGCGUGUUACAAUCACAGCUGUUUAUCCAUGGCAUCAUUUAUCCUUUCAAAGAACAGAAACUGGAUGAAUUCACAAUGAUUUAUGUAGAUCAUUUCCCUCAGGUAAUAACGUUAAUCAACCGUCUCCCCUCUUUAUCACUGUGCUGUAUUCAUACUGGAUAAUAAACACUGUAAGGGACAGAUGUACAAUAGUUAGUGAAUUUGUGUCACAGAGGUUUGGGAAAUGAACCCACAAUAGAUGACUUUAUACAUUUCCUUUGCAUCCUCUGUUGUUAACUGUGUGCACCUGCUGUCGUUCUUUGUGGGGAUGCAGAGCAACACUGAACACUAACAACCCAAUUAACAUGUAUUUCACAAAAUUUCACAAAGAGACCACUCCUUAAAGCUUCAUACCGAGUGUGUACAACAUGUCUACUCUAAAAGGUCAACAACUGCUGAAAGGAUAUAUAUGCCAUAUUUUAUACCUGUAUCUUUUGUUUUUAAUCAAGACGAAAGCAAUGUUUUCUCUUCCAGAAAAUGUGUUAUGAAUGUCAUAAACAUUGUCAACAUAACUUUGAUUGCACAUCAUUGUAAGAUUUUUGUACAUGUAAUCAAAACUACAGUCAAUAAUCGAUAACUGCCACCUGUGUUUAUGUACAGUAGUAUAAUAAGAAACAAAUUAUAAGACUGUAUGUCUGCGUUGUGCAAAACACCUUUUAGUUUUUUAUGUACCACACUCCAUCUUUAAGUAAAUCAUGAAGAGGAUGUUAAACUGAA